UAGAGAGACGAGAGGCGCUUUCUCUUUAGAUUACAGCUGUUCGUGAGAGAAGACGAGUCCUCUCUUCCUCCCCCUCCCAAAUCCGCCAUUGUCGACCCUCUCCGUCCUCCCCGCGGACCUUCCGAUCGGAGUGUGAGCGAGAGAGGAGAGAGAUAGAGACUCCGGCCACCGUGCAUUGCGGCCUCCGGCUCGCAGAUCUCGCUCCCGAUCUGGCGGUCCCCCCCUGCAUUCUCGCCUCUCCGUCUACUCGUUUGGCGUGAUCGCUGUGUUGUGGUGAUGGACGGGGAGGUGGUUGUGGAGGUCUCUUCGCCGAACGGAAAAAUUAAGGAGCAAUGUGGUGUGGACGCGAGUCCGUGCCAUGAUCUGCCCAACGGCGGCAGCUCUCUUGAUUGCAAUGGCGUGAAAUCGGUGGCUGUGGUUGAGGGAAUUGAGAACGGAAAUGGGAAGGAGGACGCUGAUAGGACCUAUGUUUUUGUGAAUGGCAGCGACGACGUCGCUGAGAUUGGUGAUAAUGAUGAAAAUUGUAUCAUGGUGGCUCCUGCAGAGGAAAGUGUGGGUAACUGCGGGGAGUUAAAGUCUAAUGGUGAGAUUGAGGCAGGGGAAGCCAAGGUUAACGGUUGCAAUGGGCAUUGUGAUUUUGAGAAGGUAGAUGCGAUCAUUCACGAGGCUGCUGAAGUUGAGAACGGCAAAUCUACGAGUCAUGAGAAUGGAGAUUGUAUAAAGGAAGAUAAUGGUGUUCUUGUAGCUGAGGAAUCCAAAGGCGAAUCUGUUGAGUUGUGUCCCGUGGAAGAGGUGGAAGUGGUGAAUUCUGCUGAAUCAGAGGUACUUGGGGUGGUCAACAGCGACGAAAAAGUUGAGGUGGAGUCCUCUUUUGAGGUGGUCGAAAAGGUUCCCAUCACCCAGGAUGAUCAUGCGGAUGCUGAGGGUUCCAAUCACUGCCAAGGGCUGUCAGCAAAUGCAGAAGCGCUCCUUGAGCAAGUAGAAUCCACCUCUGACAUUGUUGAGGAAGUUCCCGAGUCUCAGGCUGUUAAUGAUGUGGAGACUGAGGGUUCGAGGGAUUGCAAAGAGCCAGCGGAAACCACUGCAGAGCUGCCUGAGAAAAUAGAGAGCACCGCUGAGGUUGUCGAGGCGGUUCCCGAGUCUCACGGGGAUGCUGAUGGUUCAGAUGAUACCAAAGGGUUAUCAGAGAUUACCGAACAGCAACCCCUGCAAGCGGAGUCCAUUUCUGAGGUUUCUGAGGAGGUUCCCAAUUCUCAGUCAACCAUUCAUGUUGAUGCUGAUUGUUCAUGUGGAUGCUGUCAGCAUGCGGUAGACAUGCCUGUGGAAGUGGAGUCUACCUCGGAGGAUAUUGGGGAAAUUCCAGGGUCUCAACAAGUUAGCAACAGUGAUGCAGAGGGCACGGGUGACUGCCCAGUGCUGUCCAAGGUCACUGUGGAAAACACAGCAGAUCUAUCCGAGCAACCAGACGAAGAUCAGAAAUGCGAAGCGACUGUUACUGCUACUGCUGCCUCUGAGCUGAUUACUGGUAAUAAUGAGAAGGAGGUGGUAGAGGAAAGAGAAUCAUCUCCCAUUAAGGAGGAUAAGGCUGAGGUUUCAAGCCAAUUAAGUCCCAAUGCAGAAAUCCCAGAAACUCAAGAAUCUGUUAAAAUCCAGGUUGAUGAUGCCAGUAAUGAUGUGGAGCAGCAGGAGUCAGUGGAAGUGGCUGCUGAAUCUCCGACGACUGAUCAACUAAAGAGCGUUGAUGGGGAGGAUGACCAAAUCGCCAAGUGCACUGCUUGUCCUGAAUCAACUGACAUUAACACUGCUAGUAGUCAGCCCAGCGAGAACGGCCAAAGCUUUGAAAGUGACCCUGUGCCUAGUGCAGUUUCCGCUGCCAAAGAAGAUGGUGAUUCUGCUCAUGCCAUUAUAGAAACAAAGGAGCCAGGUUCUGCCCCCGAGAGUGCUGAAAUAUCGGCCUCUCCCGCUGAUUGCAUCAAUGUGUCUGUAGAAAGUGCUGAGUGCCAUCCAACUGCUGUGCCUCUGCAUGCAGAUAUCCCUGCUCCUGCCCUUGAUGAUAUGAACGCAGAACUUGCAGCAGUCAAUGAUGACAAAGCAACUGUUUCAAAAGUUGAGGUUGGGAAUACCGCAACAACAAGCUCUGAUGGUACAGAAAUGGAAGGUGGAACACACGAAGGAUCAUCAGUGGCCGAUGACACCUCAGCUAGCCACUGCUCUACUAUGUCAACAGAAACUAAAAUAUGUUUUGGUUCUAUCAGUCAUGAAGAACUGUCUUCCAUAUCUAGUGCAGUAACUCAGCCUUCAGCUGAUUCAGAAUCCCCUGAAAAUGAUGGUAGUGAUAGAUCUACAUCACAAGGAGCUGAGGUUAUUGAUGCUACUCUUCAAAAUGAUGGCUCUCCUGCAGAAGGUUCUAGUAAUGGAGUAACAGAAGCACGGCCUGUGGUCCCCGAAGUGGUGAAAAGAUUUUUCAAUCAACGUGUUAGGGUUCCAAGAUAUGAUGCAGAGGACCUUAAAGAACAGAUGAUUGAAGCUCAGGCACGAGUGGAUGAGAAGACUCGUAUCCGUGAUGCUAUUCAGGCUGAAAUUCAAAUGAUUAAGGCUACUCGCAAGGGCUACUCGGUUGAGAUCGAAGCUGCCUCAGCAGAAGAACAGUCUGCUCGAGACUUGUGGAAGUCCAAACGGAAUGAGAUUGAUACUGUGCAGUCUGUCAUGAGUAAAUUGAAGAAUGCAAUGGAUAUUGAUGAUAUUGAUUCUAGGAUACACAGCAUGGAGCACAGGAUUGAACAUGAAACCCUGCCCUUAAAGGAAGAGAAGCAAUUGCUGCGUGACAUAAAGCUUUUGAGGCAACACCGCGAACAACUAUCCUCUAGAAUUGGAAAGCAGGACGAGCUUAAGGAAGCCCUGGAACAGAAGGAGCAGACAGAAGAGCGUUUGAAGGUUUUGAGGAAGGAAGCGGAAUUGCUCAGAGGCACCCUCUCUAGGGCAGAAGGAGUCACAAAAGCUGCAAAGAAGAAACAGUAUGAUGGAAUUGAGAAGCUUCGUGAAUUGCAAGAUCAAUUUAAAGCUGCCGAUGCUGUUAGACAAGAAGCAUACGCGCAUCUACAAAGCUUAAGGAAACAAUCAUAUGAAAAGAACAAGUACUUCUACAAGUACAAGGAUGAUGCAAACAUUUCGAGUGACUUGGGAUCUAAGGGAGACCGAGAUGGCGUUUCCCAAUUCUGUAUCAAACAAGUGGACGACUUUAUGAAAUUGUGGCUCAACAAUGUGGAGUUUCGGAGUGAUUACAUCGGGGGCAGCUUAAGGGGUACUCUGAGGAGGCUUGGAACUAAGGACGGACGCUCCCUUGGGCUUGAUGAGCAGCCACUAGUCAUCCCACCAUACCCGAUCGAGAGAAUUGCGAAGGACAACCCCACCCGUACCCCUGCAUUUCCGAGUCUGGUACAAGCAAAAGCACAGGCUGCGCCUGUGGAAACUGACUCUAGAGCUGAUAAUGCGCCUGUUAAACCCAUGGAACAGAAGAAGCCGAACUCGAUAGCCAAGGCCCCUGCAAAACCAUCUGAGGCAGUUGCAUUGGCCUCCCCUGAUGCUGUCAGAGACGACGAGGCUGCCAAAGUCACAGAAGAGCCGAAGCGGACGAAGGAGGAGGAGGAAAAGGCUAGGAGGGAAGAGGAGUUGAGUAAGGAAGAAGAAGCAGCGAGGUUGAAGGAACAACGUCGGCUGGAGGAGAAGGCCAAGGCCGAGGCGGCUCUAGAAAGGAAAAGACGGAUCGCAGAGAGGGCCCAAGCAAGAGCUGCAGCUAAAGCACAGAAAGAAGCCGAACAGAAGGAGAAGGAGAGGGAGAAAAGGUUGAAGAAGAAGGAAAGAAAGAACGCAGGUGGGUCUGAGCCCACGGAUGCAGCCAAUGAAGGGGAACCCGUUCCAUCUGCUCAGACUCCUACUGAGACUCCUAGAGAAUCUGAGACAAGAGAGAAGGUCGAGACAGCUGCAAAAAGACAUCAAAAGCCAGUUCACUUUGCGAGACAGACAAAGGUAAAGUCCACUAUCCCUCCGCCACUCCGAAACCGGGGCAAGAGGAAGAUGCAGCCGUGGAUGUGGGUCCUGCUUGUAGCUGUGCUCGUUCUUGCCCUGUUUUUGGCGGGCAAUGGCAGGCGACUCUUCUAAGUUUCAGGAACUGUCAAAAGAGGUUCAGGGGUUCCAUGGAGAUUAUAUAUCUUUUUUCCAGAGUUAUGGCGGUGACUAAUCUAUCGAGGCUUCGAUUGGGAGACUCCCGCCUAUAGAUUUUACAUAUUAUGACAUAUAUAUAUAUAUAUAUAUAUAUAUACAGGCGAUGAUGACGAUUCGUUGUGCUCUUCCUUGGGGGGUGGGGUUGCUUUGGUCUCUUUCAUAAUUUUAUAUUUGGCAGAUUUAGAUUGCCCUUGCUUGGGUUCUCUCUUUACAAGUGGUUCUUGCCUCAUCAUACACACUCUCGAGUUGAUAGGAUUGGUUUGGUUUUCCCGUGAUAUGUGAUUAAAUGGCGCUGGAAGGUUCCGAACAGACACUAUUGUUUUAUUUAGUAUUGAUAAUAAGCUAAAUUUAAUAAAUUCAUUUACAUCUCCCUGUCC